GUCGUCUGAUAAAUAGCGUACUUAAAUCUGAUGAUUUAGGGAAUGAGUUGUAAUGAGGAAGAACUGCUAAAGAAGCGCUGGACUCCCUUAUUUGCUCUGUUCUCGCUAAGGUCCAUGAAUUUUGAAAAGUGCCUGCGCCAAAACAGUUGCAGAAAAAAACGCUAUAGUAACCGAAACUUUGAAAAAAAACGUAUACUUUCACGUAUUAUGUGGAAGCAUUGUUAGAAACAUAUUGCUGAAUCAUCAAUCGAGAAAAACAAGUCGGCACUUGAUGAGAAUGACUAUAUCGAGAUUUUUUUAAAUUACAUAAAAUGCACGCUAAUAGUUGCAUUAAUGAGUGCCUUAUCAAACAUCGCAAAUAUAAAAAAAAGGCAGGCUUCGCCCUAAGGUGUAUCAGUUGAGUCCAUGGCUUUAAGCAUGGCACUUGGUCAAUGCCAAAGUCCACCGCCUGUCAAAAAUUUUGAUAGAGAAAAGUUCAGUGAAACAUGGAGGAUCCAUACUGUUGUUGGGAAUCCAAUACUUGGUAUCAUUCCACCAUGUUACUCUGCAACGUAUGCUGGAAGUCCUAAGUACACAAGCAUGGAUGUCUCAUAUAGAGAUGGAGAUCAAUAUAAAAAUAUUCCUGCAUACGAAGUUAGUGAGGAUCAUGGAGCAUUAGUAAUACACAUACAUGGAAAGGAUGUGAAGAUGGUGAUACUAGACACAGACUAUACCACCUUCUAUACCGCAUACUACUGCACUGAAGUGGAUGCCACUCAUAGUAAGAACUGUUACACUAUUUUACUUUAGAAUAAAUAUGACACUCACUUAUAUCUAGUGCAAUCUGCGAAAAUUGUAACUUCGCCAUUUGUUAGCGUACCAAGCAUAGCUAAAGAUUACUUUAAAAUACUUGCAACCUCAAAAAUAAUAAUUUUAAUAGGCCUCUGAUUACUAAAAAUGCACAUUCUUAGACUUCUCAGACAUUAGUCGCCUAUAACUCCAAAACGGUCAACUUUAUGGAAAAGUUUCUGAGGGUAUUUUUUGUCCAGAGUAGUACAAGAAAAAACCUAAAAUAAUCGAUAUGGAAAGUUUCUCCCACGAUGCGUGUGAUGUCCGAUUCAUUAGAUAACUUAAUAUAACGCAUUUGUGACUUUUUCAAUUUUUUUAGUUAUUUCGGAUCCUUCUGAACAAAGACGACCCUUAGAAGCUAGCUGUUCUCUAGAAUUCACCAGUUAACAUUUUCAAUGAUUGAAUAAAUCUCGGUUAAAGUUAUCAAUUAUCGCAAAGUAUCUAAAUUAAGGCAUACACAUUACGUAACUAACAAAUGGCA